AUAUGAAGGCAGAAGAUAUAGAGGGAGAAGAGACGUAUGUGACUGAUAUGAAGGCAGAAGAUACAGAGGGAGAAGAAGAGACGUAUGUGAGGGGUGAUCAGCAGUGUAAGGAGGAGGAAAUCCCUACAGAUAUCGGCACAGAUGGAGGCACAAGCCGGAAUGCCUUGGAGGGAGAUCUCAUCUUGUCUGCAGAUACUAAAACAGAAGAUAACAUCACACAGGAUUCUCCAGGAGACAGCGCUGUUAUGCUAAAUAUACAUCCAGUAUCUCACAGCGCAGAUAUAUCAUCCAAUCCCUCUAAUCACAAGGACUGUUCUUCUGAUACCUCAGCUUUUGUAACACAUAGUGCAGCUCAUACACCUGAUAAUAUAUUUCCCUGUUCCGAGUGUGGGAAAUGUUUUACAUGUAAAUCACAUCUUGUUAGACAUCAGAGAAGUCACACAGGUGAGAAGCCAUUUCCAUGCCCUGAGUGUGGGAAAUGUGUUACAUUUAAAUCAGAUCUUGUUAUACAUCAGAGAAGUCACACAGGUGAGAAGCCAUUUCCAUGCUCUGAGUGUGGGAAAUGGUUUACACAGAAAUCACAUCUUGUUACACAUCAGAGAAGUCACACAGGUGAGAAGCCAUUUCCAUGCUCUGAGUGUGGGAAAUGUUUUACACUGAAAUCACAUCUUGUUACACAUCAGAGAAGUCACACAGGUGAGAGGCCAUUUCCAUGCUCUGAGUGUGGGAAAUGUUUUACACUGAAAUCAGAGCUGGUUAAACAUCAGAGACGUCACACAGGUGAGAAGCCAUUUCCAUGCUCUGAGUGUGGGAAAUGUUUUACACAGAAAUCACAUCUUGUUACACAUCAGAGAAGUCACACAGGUGAAAAGCCAUUUACAUGCUCCGAGUGUGGGAAAUGUUUUACACGGAAAUUAAGGCUGGUUAGCCAUCAGAGCAGUCACACAGGUGAGAAGCCAUUUCCAUGCUCUGAGUGUGGGAAAUGGUUUACACAGAAAUCACAUCUUGUUAGACAUCAGAGAAGUCACACAGGUGAGAAGCCAUUUCCAUGCUCUGAGUGUGGGAAAUGUUUUACACUGAAAUCAAAUCUUGUUACACAUCAGAGAAGUCACACAGGUGAGAAGCCAUUUCCAUGCUCUGAGUGUGGGAAAUGUUUUACACUGAAAUCAAAUCUUGUUACACAUCAGAGAAGUCACACAGGUGAGAAGCCAUUUCCAUGCUCUGAGUGUGGGAAAUGUUUUACACUUAAAUCAUAUCUUGUUAACCAUCAGAGAAGUCACACAGGUGAGAAGCCAUUUCCAUGCUCUGACUGUGGGAAAUGUUUUACACGUAAAUCACGUCUUGUUACGCAUCAGAUUUCACACAGGAGAAGCAUUACUAUGAGUUGAUACAAAACAGGGUUGAAGCAACACUCCUGUCACACACUAUUUUAACACGUUAUGUUAUCUUUCCACAGAUAAUUGGAAUGUGUGUCAUUAAUAUAAGAUGACUAUAUCCCUCCAGCAAAACUUUUAGUAAUUUCUCCUAUAUAUUUUUCUGUAUAAUAUUUCCUAUAUAUGUAAUUUAGUCUAGAUGUUGCCAACACUCUCCACAGUAAUACCAGACCACAUAACUUAUGUAUGGGUUACAUUGUAUGGAUUUCAGUUUACAGAUAAACGAUAAAACACAUUAUCAUCUUGUAAAAACAUUUUAUUCUGGAAACGUAUGGGUAGAAUCCAGCAAUUGCUGUUCUGGAAUGGUGGAGAAAUGGUGAAGCACGAACCACAAAGUAUUUCCUGGAGGUUAGAAAAAAAAACUAUUUACUUUCUUUUCACUUUGCAAUUUAUUGAAACCUAAUUAUUUUGUCAAAAAGCUAGCUAAUUAUAUUUUCUGGGGGUAAAAAUAUUGUGUGGGUCUCUACAUCAGCACCUAAUGAGCUUCUAUAAAACUAUUCCCCUCUGAUCCCUCCUAACUCAGUGCUGAAGGGGCAGGUAUCUCCAUAGAUGUCCAGGUUGGGUAUGUGUGUCAGUGCUGAAGGAGCAGGUAUCUCCCCUCUUCUCCAUAGAUGCCCAGGUUGGGUAUGUGUGUCAGUGCGGUGUCUCUCCUUACUGGUUACAGGCUCUCUAAAGAGCAGAUACUGGUGGCUGAGAAGACGAUGUUUUCACACAGUUCUGGACAGAUUCAGGGGUUUCAGAAGCAGGGGAAGGCGGGAGGCACUGCGGUAACAUCCCCAGGAGUGAGGGACAAGCCAGGUGCCCGCACUCUGCCAGCAGCACAUGAAGAUGUUAGCAGGAAGUGCAUCUUAGUCCUCUUUAUCACCCUAACAACAGCGUAAUUGGUACGGGCAGACAUGGUCAAUGUCUACCCUAGUAUAGAGGGUAACACACUAAGAUAGGUCAUCUGACCAGCUGGAACAACACUGCCAAAACCGCAUUAACCUACAGCCAACCACACUGGAUAUGCCCAAUCUCAUCUGAUCUUGGAAACUAUGCAGUGUUGGGCCUGGUUAGUAUUUGGAUGGGAGAACACCUGGGAAUACCAUGUGCAAAUACUUUUGACUAAUGGGAUCAUUGUAGGCUGCUUGAUCAGAGGUAUGUGCGAGAAGCAUUGUGGAUGUUAGGAAGGUUCCUAAAUCCACUCUGUCAUUAAUGCAUGAAAGAAGAACAUUCACUGCAGGAAUGCACCCCCCCCCCCCUAGCCCCCCAAACUGCACCCCAGGGACCGGAGAGUGGUAACCAGGGAGCUGCAAACAGGGGUCUUCCCAUGCAUACCAUUGCACAUGAGUUCCACAUGUCCACUAAUGUGCCGGUUUCCACAAGAACACUUCGUAGGGAGGCCCAUGCAACUCUAAUCACAAAGAAGAAUGCAGCCCAGCGCUUAUGAUGGUGGUAAGACUGCAAAAACUGGACACUAGAACAAUGGCGGCGAGUGUUAUGGGGCGAUGAUCACAGUUUCCACUUUUCAGAUCAGAUGGACGUGUUUGAGUUUGGUGACUGCCAGGAGAAGGUCUGAUACCAGAGUGUACAGUACCUACAGUAAAGCAUGGAGGUGGUGGUGUUACGCUGUGGGGCUGUGUCAGCUGGUUUGGCAUGGGUUCACUAGUUUCCAAGAAGUAAAGAAAGAGAUACGCCCGGGCGCUAUUAUUUUCACUAAUUAGCCAAUAAUAUAAUGAUAAAUCAAGCAGCAAAAGAUUACCCUCCUAUAUGCUUGUGAAUAUAUACUCUAUAUACUGGCUACAUGACCUGUAUAUAACAAACUGGAAAAAAAAAUUGAAAGUUUUGCGCUAGUUGUAAAAACACUCUGGAGUCUGAUAUCUGAAUAAACCAUCCGCACUAGAUGUUAAACCUCAUACUGUACCUUUUAUUUAUCAAUGGCAUGAAUAUUCAUUAUAAAAAUAUCACAUGAACAACCGCUUAUUCACAAUACCAAUAAAAGCAGACCUAUAAGAAACAUCACACAUAUAUAACAUACUGACCCUUGGUCCUAAAUUAACUUUCCUACUAAAGGUGGAUUUUGUAUAUUGGCUCUUAUAAGUCAC